GACCAGUGCUGUGGACGCCAUGCAAGCGCUGCCUAUGUGUGAGUGCUGUGAGCACUACCUCUACACUGAAAGCCAUGGAAAGCAUUGAUUUGUUUGUGAGGUUUUGCUAAACAAACAAUUUAUUGAAACGACUUUUGACUGAAACAAAUGCAAACUCUCGUGACAUUUGAUGGAUAUUUAGCACCACUUGCAGCACUUCCGUGGCAUUUGUACAGAAAGUGACAUUUUGUAUGGUUUGUCAGAUAUAAACGAGUGGUUUGUAUGCCAUGAGUGAGAAAAUGAUGACAAAUAAGUUGAUCGCAAAUACCAUUACAUGUGAAUUGAAUGAAUUGAACGCCAAAAGAAAUCUUAUGAUAGGAAGCAAUGAUAUGCACAUCACAUCCAUCGACACGGAUCACCUCAAAGACCAUAUGGACAGCGAAGUGCUCGACAGCGAGAAGGACGACACCAACGAUGACUCCUCGACGGACUCGCAGUCCGGAUCCGAUGGCGACGAGAGCUCAGACAUCGAUGAGGAGGAGUGCGACCGACGGAAAGACGAGUAUAUGAUCGAAAUGACAGACCUGGAGAAGCAGUUCCUGGCGCUGAAGGACCAGUUGUACGUCGAAAGGCUGUCUCAAGUGGAGCACAAACUGGAAGAAGUGAGGGCCGGAAGGGCUGCCGAAUAUCUGCAGCCUUUGGAUGAGCUGCAGGAAAACAUGAGAGUCCGCACAGAAGUGGCGGCAAUCGUGAGUCAACUGAAGCUCACGAACAUUAAGUGUCAGUUCGAGGCAGAGAUGUUGGCCAACGAACAGAACUUUGAGAGCGAAAAACAGUUACUUAAGGAUAGCAUCCGACAGGACGUGGAAGAGAAGCUGCGGCGUCUGGAAGAGGACAGGAAUUCCAUCGACAGCGACAUCUGGAGUGAGAGCGCCUUCUCCAAGAAGAAGAAACGGUACGGCAGUGCUGGCGGCUAUGGGUACGACAUGUCUUCACGGGAGUCGAUGAGCUUUCAGGACAGGCGUCGAAAGCCGGUGACCGUUUCGGGUCCUUAUAUUGUUUAUAUGCUUAAAGACAGUGAUAUUAUGGAGGACUGGAAUGUCAUCCGACGCGCCCUUAAGUCCGUUUCGUCCUCUUAUUUGUAAAUAAAUUGUAAAUUAUUUUAAUUUAAUUAUAAU